AUGGCCUUCCAGAUGCACAGAGGCGCUGUCCCCUGUCCCAUGGCCCUGCCUUCCCCGGGGUCCCUGAGCCUGGAGCCGCUGGAGGGCCCUGACCCGGAGCCCAACUCCGCCAGUGGUCUGGACAGCCUGGAAGAGGAGCAGUGGGGACCUACCUGUGACAUCCUGCUGGACCUGGAGGGAGAGCAGAGCAUGGAUGUGAUCCUGGUGGGCUCCAGCGAGCUGUCGUGUCCUCCGUCACUUCAGCCCAGCAGAGAUCUUAUUGCAUAUGAAGUCAGGGUCAAGCAGCGACACAUAGAAGACAUCUGCAUCUGCUGUGGGAGUUUCCAGGUCUGGACAGAGCAUCCUCUGUUUGAGGGAGGAAUGUGCGCUCCAUGUAAGGGCAAGUUCCUGGACUCUGUCUUCUUGUAUGAUGAUGAUGGAUACCAGUCCUACUGCUCCAUCUGCUGCUCGGGCGAGACCCUGCUCAUCUGUGAAAACCCCGACUGCACCCGAUGCUACUGUUUCGAGUGUGUCGAUACGCUGGUCAGCCCUGGGACCUCGGGGAGAGUGCAAACCAUGAGUAACUGGGUGUGCUUCCUGUGUCUGCCCUUCCCCAGAAACGGGCUGCUGCAGAGAAGGAAGAAAUGGCGGGCACGGCUGAAGGCCUUCCAGGACCAGGAGGCGGAGAGUCCUUUUGAAAUUUAUAAGACUGUACCUGCAUGGAAAAGAGAGCCUGUCCGGGUGCUGUCCCUUUUUGGAGACAUCCGGGAAGAGCUCGCAAGCUUGGGCUUUUUGGAAGGUGGUUCUGAUCACGGACAACUGAAGCACCUGGAUGACGUCACCAACAUAGUGAGGAGGGAUGUGGAAGAGUGGGGUCCUUUCGACCUCGUGUAUGGCUCAACACCACCUUUCGGCCACGCCUUGGAGCGACCUCCUGGAUGGUAUCUGUUCCAGUUUCACCGUGUACUGCAGUACGCGCGGCCCAGGCCGGGCAGCAAGCGGCCCUUCUUCUGGAUGUUUGUGGACAACCUGGUGCUGACCGUGGAGGACCGGCUUGUGGCAUCCCGCUUCCUGGAGACCGACCCCGUGACCAUCCAGGAUGUCUGUGGCAGAGUCCCCCGGAACGCCGUGCACGUUUGGAGCAACGUUCCAGCCGUGAGGAGCAAGGACUCGGCUCUCACUGCUGAAGUGGAACUGUCCCUGCUGGUUCAGGACAGGCCCAGAGCCAGGCUCCCCGCCCCGGCCCCUGCCGCGCUGGUGAAGAACUGCUUUCUCCCCCUUCGAGAAUAUUUCAAGUAUUUUUCAAAAGAACUCACUUCCUCUUUAUAA